CCUCAGUGGGCCAGGAAUCUCGUCUCAUCUUUUUGUCCUCUGUCCCUCUUUCUCUCUUGCUCCACUUCUUCAUUGUGCUCAGAGGCAAUGGCUCAAAAAUCAGUGAGAGUCAGUAGGAAUUUUAGCGCUUCUUCGGCUGGUAUGCCGGGGAGCCGAACGAGCUAUAGCACUGUUUCAGUAUCCCGGGGAGGCAGUGCAGGCUUUGGACAUGUCGGUGGUGGCUUUGGCAGCAGAAGCCUCCAUGGCUUAGGAGCAAGUAAAAGAAUUUCCAUCGGUGGCUACCGUACUGCCAGAUCUGGAUAUGGUUACGGGUUAGGUCAUGGAGGAGUUGGGUACCGAAUCGUCGGUGGUGGUGGGUAUGGUGGCUACGGAGCAGGAGCUGGUGGCAUCCAUGAGGUCACCAUCAACCCAAGCCUCCUGGCCCCUCUUAACUUGGAGAUAGACCCAACCAUCCAGAAGGUACGCAAGGAGGAGAAGGAGCAGAUUAAGACCCUCAACAAUAAAUUUGCUUCCUUCAUUGACAAGGUCCGUUUCCUGGAGCAACAGAACAAAGUGCUGGAGACCAAGUGGAGCCUCUUGCAAGAGCACAAAAUGACCCGGUACAACCUUGAGUCCUUAUUUGAGUCCUUCAUCAAUAGCCUUAGAAGGAAGCUGGAAGACGGUGGGGCAGAGAAGCUGCGGCUGGACUCAGAACUGAAGAACAUGCAGGAUGCUGUAGAGGACUUCAGGAUCAGGUAUGAAGAUGAAAUCAACAAGCGUACAGCCGCAGAGAAUGAGUUUGUGGUGCUCAAGAAGGAUGUGGAUGCUGCCUACCUGAACAAGGUUGAACUGGAGACCAAAGGGGACAGCCUCACAGACGAGAUCAAUUUCCUGAAAGCUUUCUAUGAUGCAGAACUGGCUCAAUUGCAGUCACAAAUUUCUGACACCUCCGUCGUUCUGCAAAUGGACAACAACCGAAGCCUGGACCUGGACAGCAUAAUUGCUGAGGUCAAAGCACAGUAUGAGGACAUUGCCAAUAGAAGCAGAGCUGAGGCAGAAUCCUGGUAUCAAAGCAAGUAUGAAGAGUUGCAGCUCACCGCUGGUAGACAUGGAGAUGACUUGCGAAACACGAAGAUGGAGAUCUCAGAGAUGAACCGCAUGAUUCAAAGACUCCACUCUGAGAUUGACAAUGUGAAAAAGCAGUGCGCUGCACUGCAGACGGCCAUUGCAGAUGCUGAACAGCGUGGUGAGCUCGCCCUUAAAGACGCCAGGAUAAAGCUGACUGAACUGGAAGAGGCUCUAACAAAGGCCAAGGGUGAGAUGGCCCGUCAGCUGAGGGAAUACCAGGAGCUGAUGAACGUCAAGCUGGCCCUGGAUAUUGAGAUCGCCACCUACAGGAAGCUGCUGGAAGGCGAGGAGAGCAGGCUGGCUGGAGAGGGUGUUGGUGCAGUAAAUAUAUCUGUGGUCCACUCAUCUGGAGGAAUGAACUAUGGUGGUGGAAGCGCCCUUGGUCUUGGGACGGGGCUGGGCCUUGCGGGCGGAACGAGCCUUGGAUACGGAGGAGGCCUCAGCGUCGGGGGAGGCGGCUUCAGCUCCGGCAGUGGGAGGGGGUUAGCUGGGAGCAUGAGUUCAGCCAGGGGAGCCACUUCCAGUAUGAAGAUUGUAUCAAAGACCUCCACAUCCAGAAAGAGCUACCAGAGCUAAAAA